AUGAUCCAGAAGACAACCAUUCUCUUCAUGGCUCUCGCUCUUCUCGCCAUCUUCGCUCGUGGACAAAAUAAUGGAACAGCAGGUGGCCAAAACAAUACCGCACAGGGACCUCCACCAGCUGCAGCCCCUGCACCCGCUGCAACAGAAGUUGAGGGUACCGGUGAACCAGCUGGAAACGGAACCAGCUCAUCCGCCUAUUUGAAUUAUGGACUCGGAGCCUCAUUCGUCCUUCUUGCCGCCCUCUGA